AUGGAAUAUAGUGAAAAAAUAAAGGAAUUAGAAGGAAAAGUUAAAGUGUAUGAAGAUGAAAUACAUAAAAAAGAUGAACUGAUUCAAAAGUUAUCCAGUAUGGAUAUUAGUCAAAUUAAAUCCACUAAAGAGAAAUCAAUUGAUGAUAGUACUGUUAAUAAAGAACAUGAACAAUAUCAACAGACAAGUAUAGGACGUGAAGAACUUGCAACAUUACGAAGUAAAGUUGAACAAUUAUGUGAAAAAACAUUAAGUCAAGAAAGUGAAUUAAAAGCAAAAUCAACAUUGUUAACCAAAGCGGAAUCAGAUAUUAAUAAAUUAACACAGAAAAUUGAUGCAUUAACAUCUGAAAAUGAAAAAUUGAAAAAGCAAAUCAAUGACAAUACAACAAGCAUUAAUACAAGAAUUGUUGAAAAUGAAGUGUGCAAUAAAAAAUUGGAUGAAUUAAAUCAAUUAUUGAAAAGUGAACAGAAUCAAACAGAAGAAUUGAAAAAGCGUUUACAUAAACAGAUAGAAGAGAAGGAAAAAUCCGACUAUCAGCUUACACAAAAUGAAAAACGUUUAGAAAAUUUCACUACAAAAAUGAUUCAUAUAUUUGAUACAUUUUUACAAAAUGAAGAACAAUUACCUAAUGAUUGGAAAGAUGAAAUGAAAUUAGAAAAUUUAAUAACUAGAGCUAAGGAUGUCGUUAAUGAAAAUUUAAGAAACAAAGGACAUAUUCAAGAUUUAUUAGAUCGAUUAAAACAACGUGAAAAUGAAAAUAUUGAACAAAAAUAUAGCGUCAGUCGUUUAGAUGAAUUAAUAAAUAGGAAUGAUUGCUAUGAAAAAGAAAAUAGAAACUUAAAUCAGGAAUUAGAAUUUACUCGACGUAAUGAAAAAGCUUUAGAAGAACGAAUUCAUUUUUUAACUAAAGAAUUAGUUGAUUCUCAAUUACAUAUUAAAGAAUUAGAUAAACAAUUACAAGAAACAAUGAAUGAAAAACAAUAUCUGAUUGGUCAAAAUAAAUACGAAGAUAAUUUAUUAUUUCGAAAUUCACUGGCUUCAUUGCUUUCAUCCAAUAAUUACCAAUGUAAUCCAACUGAAAUAUCAAUUAAAGAAACUAUUAGAAAAUUUUUAAACGAAUUACAAGAACAAAAAGAUUUGCUUUCAAGACUUGAAGCUCGUUUGUCAGACACAUUAAAACGUUUAGAUCAUUCAGAAACUUCUAAACACGAAAUGGAACGCAUGUUAGAGAAGACAGAAAGGGAAUGUUUUGAUCUGCGUGAACAGAUUAGACGUUUAGAAACAGAUCUGAUAAAUUCUGAUAUGAUAAAACAAGAACAACGCUCAGAUAAAUUAAAGAUUUUCUCGUAUCUCUGUAAACUUGCAGCAAAAGUGAGAAUAGAUGAAAAAGUUGCUUCAGGAAUGAGAUUCGACGAAUUACAAGAAGUUCUUUCGACAAGAAUUGAACAAAUAGUUAGUGGUGAAUACUCCAUGUUAAGUGAUGUUCAAGCGAAUGCUGAUCGUGUAAACGGUUUAAAUCGUAAAGUGAAAAGAUUGCAAGAUCAACUAGCUAGUCGAGAAAUACAAUUAAGUUUAUGGAAAGAAAAAGCUAGUAAAUUAGAGAAUCAAUUAUCUGAUAUGAGUGAAACGGAAAUGAAAGCACAUGCAAACAAAAUUGCAGCUGAAAAAUCCGCUAUCAAUGCUCGACGAUCAGAAUUAGAAGCGUCUAGAUUAAAAGAUGAACUGACUCGUUUGAAAGCGGAACUUUUAGAUUUUAGCGAUGCUAAAAUUGCAGUAGUUAAAUAUGAAGAACAAAUGGGAGAACUAACGAAACAAAACAGAGAGUUGGAAAGUAUCCGUCAAAGUCAGGCGACUAAAAUUGCUGAAUUAACAGAAAAAAUGGAAUUACAAACAACUACGGACUGUGAUAAUCGUAUUCGAUUAGAAGAAGAAUGUAAACAUUUAAUGAAUGAAUUACAAUCAACUAGAAAGUCAUUGGAACAAUUUCAACGUUCUGAAAGAGAGCUUCUAGAAUUCAGAGCACUAGUUGGUCGUCUUCUUGGUUUAGAUACAGAACUACUAACAGUACCUAAUUAUGAUAUUAUUAGUCGUUUGGAAACAAUAGUUGCGCAUCAUCAAUUUGUCCAUGAUAAUUCAAUGUGUUCACAUGUGAAUGAUGCACAUUCACCCAAUAGAAAAUCACAUUCGUUUACUAAAGAUACAGGAUUACAACGAAAUCCAACGGCAGACUGUUAUACGGCUGGACCACACACAGCAAAAACCAGAUCUAAACAAGCCUGGGUAAAUACUUGUGAGGAUUAUUCAAAAACGUGUAAUCAUCCAGUGAGGGAUUCAUUAGAAAAGUACAGAGAAAAAUGUCAUCCAUCUGAAUGCAUAAAACGCGAUCCAAGAAAGUAUUAA